UUUCAGAAAAUGGCAAGCGAUCAAGAUAACCACCAAUCUAUGGAGAAAGAACUAUCAUGUACGCUAUGUUUGGAACUUUAUAGAAAUCCUGUUAUGCUACCAUGCCUUCAUUCAUUCUGUUACACGUGCCUAGAAGGGUUCGUGAAAGCCAAACCAUGUGUUAAGAAUAUUUUAAGAUGUCCAAUUUGUAGAAUUGGUGUAGAAUUAAUCUCAGCCGACCUUAAUCACUUGCAAAAAAACUUUCAACUUGCCAGUAUUGUAGAUGUGUACCGACAA